CGGAAGUUCACGUUUGACCGCCUCAGGCGCCAAACUAGAGGUUACUAGCGAGCCACUCAUGCGCCCAGGUUUCCUAAACACCCGAACCACCACCGUGACUUCCUACCGCCUUACCUAAGUGGUGCAACCUCCCCUUCCAUCAAGCUCAGACUUCCGUCACCACUUCCCGAUCUUGCCAUCCCACCACUCAAGUCGUUCUGAUACUCAACUUCAACCACCCCGGUUGCUCAAAGCCCAUUCGCCAUGUUCCCUACUCGUGUUCUGCGCAUGCAGGCCUCCCGGCCUUUCGCUUUUCCUGCUCCUAAGGAAAACCACAGCGCCCACACUAUCUCUCAGCGUCUGCGCACUCUGAAGAGAGUCCCCCCGGAGUUGAUCCCUCUCGGUCUGGUCCUUGGUGUCGCCGUCGGUGCUGCCAUCUACUCCAGCACCCGCAAGCUCAUGACCGACAAGACCCUCCGUCUGUACCGCAACAGCCCCGAGGACCGCGAGCACUAAGAAUGUACCAUCACAUUUGAUUUCCAAAUUGCAAUGGGCGAUUCUUUGUUUGAUUUUUCGGCGAUCUGUAUCAUUCACGGGGUAGUCGGGCCUUGUCGCGCGGCCAGAGUUAAGAAUGGAAUGCUCGAAAAUUCUCAGGCUCAGGGUUGGAGCGCGUGUAAAUAUUACGGCUUUAAACGAAGGGUUCCUGAUGGUGUAAUAUCGCAAUAUUACUGUGGCCCGCUUCUUGGCUUAUCUUUUUCUUCGUUGCGCCAGUUUCCCCUGGCGUGAGUGGAUUAUCGUAGAGCUCAUUCCGGCUUGGGUCCGG